AUGGGCAUUGUGGUGGACUGGGUCAUAUUCUUUGUAGGAUUACCUGAAGUCUGCCUUGCCGGCUACGCUCUCCUGUGUCUACUCAAGAAGGAAACAGCAGCUCCGAUCUUUGCCAUAAACUUGCUCCUGUCAGACCUAAUUCAGAUCGGGAUCACAAUUGUCUUUAUCGUAAGUAGGUUUUUUGACGCUUCCUAUCAGCCUUUCAUCAGAGCCCGCUGUAUCGCACGACUGCUCGUCCGCUUGGGCCUGACCUCCAGUUUGGGUUUCAUGCUGCUGAUUUCUGCAGAGAGGUAUUUAUUGGUGGCUUUCCCAGUGUGGUACCACACAAAGAACAAUGCAAAGUUUUCUAUCCUGAUCUCAGUUUGCAUGUGGACCCUCUCACUGGCCUACAGCUCUCUGGAUUAUGUCUUCUUGACCAACAAAAGGGUCUCCUUGUUGCUAUUCUCCAUCAUCUGCCUCCUCCCUGCUCCAUUUCUUGUGGGUUUCUUCACAGCCACAUGGAAAGCCCUCAGCAGGAGUAUAGCCAUGAGACGUGAAAAGAAAAACAGGAGGAGGGUUUUGGGGGUUCUGGGUCUGGUAUUGGGGACAUAUAUAGUUUUGUUCUUCCCCUUCAGUUUCAGGAACCUUUACUACUCUCUCAAAGGUGACACAGAUGCAGAGGACUUGGUCAAGGAUUGGUCUCUUGUUGUGACUAGUGCCCUGGUCUACAUUAGUCCUAUGAUAGACUCUUUAAUCUAUAUUUUCAUGAGGAGGGACAUAAAGGACACAAUGGAAGCAUUUGCCUGCUGCAGAACACCACUGAUGAAGCUUCAAGAGCUUCAGGAAAAGCUAACAGACACUUCCCAGAUAGAUACGGCUUUGUAG